AUGUCGAUUGAUUCGAGCGAGAGCGGAUCUGUUUUGAAAUACAAGUAUUUUGCUGCUCUCUUUGACCACUUGGCAUGGUUCUGUAGCAGUCUGAGGUCGAACACGGGGCUGAUCGUGACGAAAUGCCAGCCCAGGUCUACCACGAGACCGGUGCGCAAACCUGCUGCUACCAAUGUCAUGAGGGCGUCGUCGAGAAACAGAGUGCUUUUCGCGUGCAGCUUUUCGAGCAGCUGGAACGUGACCGCCGUCUUGUACGUGUUGUUGAGCAUGCUGUUUGCAACUAGCACGAUGUUUGCGUUGACCGAGUCAAUUUUGUAUGUGGUGAAGAGAUGGUGGAAUAUAUCGAACAAUUGCACGUUCAACGCGUGCUCAAACGAGCCAGAUCCUGUUCCCGGCUCGUAG